AUGAGAAGCCCUCAUUCCAUUUCCCGCCAUUCCAUUCCUGCAGCACUGCCGGACGAUUCCAUAUCGAAUCAAUACCCACCAUCGGAGAAUUUCAUCAUCGAAGACAGCGGUACUCAUUCCCCCAAAACUCUAGCACAACUUGCCACGGAGACUCUUUGUCGAUCCCUGGCCUAUUUGGAUGGGGAACUCCCUCUAGGAUUGCCUCAGGACGUAGUGGAUGAAAUUGUCGAAUCGCUUACGGAGCAUAAUGCUCUGAACGAAACAACCAUGAAGGUGCUCCGGAAUUGCGAGAUUUCUGCUCUGAAUCUGUCUGGAUGUAGAGGUGUCAGCGAUUCUUGGCUCAAGUCUUUCAAUACAUAUGCUACUGAUACUGGCUCAUCCGAUGAUUCUGGAAUCGCUUUGUCCGACGUGGACGAUGGUAUGGAAAUUGAUGAUGGAUCUAGUGAUGUCUUUUACAACACGACUAGCAAUUUCGAAGAAAGGCAGAAUUUCUUGGACGAAUCGCCUCCUUCAUCGACAUCGUCGUCAUUUAAAUCAGCACAUUCAAGACCGUGGACACCCGCAAAGGAGGAUACAAUUGAAUGUGAUGACAUGGUUGUCUAUCACGAUGAGUUUACAUUCGAUGAUCCAGCACUUGCUUCUGCCUUUGGCAACUUGACAGUACUCGAUCUUCGAGGCUCGCAUGGACUCACAGAUACAGGGUUAAGUUACCUUAAUGACCUACGCAACCUCGAAGUUGCCAGAUUUGACAACUGUCAUUCGAUAGUUGGUGAUGGGUUGUCUGUUUUGCACUCCUCACAGCGCUUGCACACUCUCUCGCUGGCGAACUGCCGCCGCUUGACAGACGAAGCAAUCGUGCAUAUUUCGCAUCUCAAAUCAUUGGAGGCUCUAUCCCUGGAUGGGUGUCGAUGUUUGACUGACCGAUCGUUGGAUGCAAUUUCUGGCCUAGUCUUGAUAAAAAAGCUCGAUCUCUCACAGUGUGAUUUAAUCACUGAUGAUGGAUUAACAUAUCUGUCAGGCUUGGAAGAACUAGAAGAGCUGAGUCUUGGCUGGUGCAGGAACCUUACUAGUUUUGGAAUUGAUAUCCUAACAUCCCAAGGUGGAAGACAAUUUUCACUUCGCAUGUUGUGCCUAGCACGAUGUGCCAUUGGCAACUCGGGAGUCGAGUGUCUCAACAGACUGGAGCAGCUAGAAGAAUUGAAUCUUAGCGGUUGCACAGCUAUUAGCAGUGCUGUGCUUGGACGAUCAAUCGGAGCUUUGUCGAUGCUCUCUGUCUUGGACGUCUCCUAUUGUCCCGGCAUUCUGCGUGCCCCAUGGCAGGGAAGAAUCAGCAAUGUCAAGUCAUUAUGCCUUUCCUACGCUGGAGUUCGAGACAAUCAAAUGUUACACUUCGAUAAUUUGCCUUGCCUCGAAGAAUUGAACUUGGAUUCCUGUUUGGUGAGCGAUUGGACUAUUGCCCACCUGGCCCAAAACGAUGUGACUCCAAACCUGGUAUCGUUGGACUUGGCCGACACAGAUCUUUCAGAUUCUGGUAUGCGCCACCUCGCCAAGUUUACUAAGCUCAAGCGUCUUUCUCUGUUUUACUGUAAUGUCUCCAACUCUGGACUCCACCACCUUGCACAGCUUACCUCUUUGGAAUCUUUGAAUCUGGACAGUCGUGACAUUGGAGACGAAGGAUUGUAUCAUCUUCGGCAUUUAAAGAACUUGAAGGCACUAGAUAUAUUUUCGGGAAGAAUCACGGAUAGCGGCUGUGCACUGAUUUCAAAGAUCAAGUCGUUGGAGUCUCUCGAGCUUUGCGGUGGGAUGAUUAGUGAUCUUGGCUGUGCCAUGUUGGCCAGUUUGGAGAAUUUGACAUCUUUGAAUCUGUCUCAGAAUGAAUUCAUCACCGAUCGAGGAGCCGCAGCUCUAUCCGCACUGAGAAAUCUCACAGCACUGAAUCUGAGCAAUACGAGAGUAACUUCAUCUGCUUUGGAUCAUUUUGAGAGUUUUACCAAAUUGCAGUCGUUGGCUCUUUACGGUUGUGAAGGAUUGGAGGAUCAUGGAAGCAUCGACCGGCUGCAAAGCCAACUCCCAACCUUGAAAUGCAUGCGACUGAACAAUGGAAUGGAUGAGAGUGGCACACUGAUUCAAGUCGAGAGUGCCAGUUAG